AACGCACAAGCCGUUUUACGAGGUCCGUCGAAGAAAUACGAUUUGCACAAGGCUGCACAGAUUGAAUCACGGAAUUUCAUUUCCCACCUUCAAAUGUGCAAGAUCCCACGUUGAUCCGGAGUCCGGACCCAGAUCAUGUGAAAUUCAUGGAAGGAUCGUCGAUGCAGCCGGAACUCGGAGCCGUCUUGAGUCUUGCCGCGUACGACCAGAUAGAUCUGACAGGAUCGACUGAUACGGACGGAAACCGUGAAAAGCAGAUGACUUUGCGAUAGCUGAGCUUUGAAGGUGCGGUACGGCUUUUUUGGAGUUUGUCAGACCAUCCACGACAUGCCAGUGCAUUUGCCACGUUCGCCGAAUUCGCGAAACGGGCUACAGUGUAAGAUGAGACAUACAGUAUAUCCCCAAGAUUUGUCAAGGACCCAGGCAAUGGGUCGACGGUGGUUCAGCCUGCCGCAAUGUGGUCUUCUCCUUGCUAUAAAAGAGCCACUGCACGAGCGCAUCCUGCUGUCCUUUAUUCAGCCAUUCAACCAUCACUGACAACAAACGCAACUUCCGACACACCCGACUUUCCCAUCCCAAGACAGUUGCCUGAAACUUUAGUCAUGACACAAACAUCAACCAUGGAUGCAUUCCUCGUCACAACUCCCAACAAGUGGGCUGUCCAGCAGGCUGAGGUCCCGACCGCCAAAGAUGGCGAGGUCGUCAUUCGAGUUAAGGCCUCGGCCGUAAACCCACUCGACGCGAAAAUGGCCAAAGAAGGCUUCAUGAUCCGCGCCUUCCCCUCCCCUCUCGGCGUCGAGAUCAGCGGCAUCGUCUCCGCCACCGGUCCCAGCGUUACCACCUUCAAAGUCGGCGACGCCGUCAUCGCUCGCGCUCAACUGAACGGUUUUGCCGAAUACGCCACCGCUACCGUCCGCCACACAUGGCACAAGCCCGCUAACCUCUCCUACACCGAGGCCGCUACCAUACCCGUUGGCACCCUCACCGCCGUCAUUGGCCUGUUUUCCGAGAAGGGACUCAAGAUCUCCCGGCCACGGGACGCGAAGCCGCAGACACCAAAGGAAUACCUACUUGUGUGGGGAGGCAGCUCCACCGUCGGAUCGUACGCUGUGCAGCUCGCGACCGCGGCAGGCUACAAAGUGAUCGCCACGGCGAGCCCCAAGCAGCACAAGACGGUCCUCGCCCUCGGCGCCGCGCACGUCGUCGAUUACAACGCCCCUGACGCCGUCGAGCAGAUUCGUAAGCUCACAGGUGGAGAGGCCAAGCUAGCGUUCGAUGCCGUCGGUGGUCCCGCGACCGCCCAAGCUGCCGCGGCCCUGCGUGCCGAUGUAGCCCACCCGUCAACAAUCGUGACAACAGCCGUCGGCGCCCCCGAGAUCCCUGCGGGCGUGACGCUGUUGCCUACGAUCAUGGGGUUCGACCCGACGCUAGCUGGUUUCGUGCAUGAGGUGAUUGGAGAUGAGCUGUUGGGGUAUUUUGCCGAGGGAAAGCUUAAGCCCAGCAGGGUGAGGGUUGUGGAUGGAGGGUUGGAGGGGCUUGGCGAGGCGCUGGAGUUGUUGGCUGCCAAGAAGGUUAGCGGAGAGAAGUUAGUGCUUACUCAUCCCGAGUAGAUUCCCGUACAUCUAUAUUAUUUCUUAUGUGGAAUAGACAUUUUGUGAUGAUCGUCCUGUGAACUCUGGCGACAAUGUUGAAUGGAGGCUCGGAUGGAGCUAGUCUGCAUGUGCACUUGUCCGUCCGAUUUCCCUGGCACAGCGGCGACCGAUCGAUCGGCGGCACACGGAGGAAGACCGUGAGAAGACUGCCUUCCGGACGCGC